ACUGAAUAUUCCUCGAUUCCAAUUUCUCAGGGCGCCAAAAUUUUACUCCAAAAACAAUAAAAAAAAAAAAUCUGCAUUCAAAAAGAAAAUAAAAAAUUGAAAUGAAAAGAAAAAAAUAAAAAGAGGACAGGCGUGAAAGGUCUCUGAGAUAAAACCCCUCCCUCUUCUGCUACCUCGUUUGCUUAACUCUCUCUCGCUCUGUCUCCCUCUCUCUCUCUCUACAACCCUCCUCCUAAAGCGCAGAAGAAACAUUACUAGAUAUGCGAGUUAGCCCAAGAUUCAACCUUUCGAGCUCCCGCUUCUUGUCUUGAAGAUAAUGAGCAGAGGCCCCCGCGUCUUCUUCUCCGAAGAAGAAGAUGGUUCCCCAAAAUCCAAUCUUUGACGCCCUUUACUGCGAGGAGGAGCGCUUCGACGACGACGGCGGCGAGUCCAAAAUCGAGGAUCUCGGCGAGAUUCAAAAACCCCCUUUUGCUAUUUUGCCUGACCACGACUUUUUCUGGGAGGAAGAAGAGCUUAAAAACCUUUUAUUGAAGGAAAAAAAUGAAUCCUCUUUGAUAUAUAACGAGUUAGACUUCGAUUCGUCUCUGAAAUCGGCGAGGAGCGAGGCGAUUAGCUGGAUGCUGAAGGUGAUUCGGCGCUACGCCUUCAACGCCGCGACCGCCGCCUUAGCCGUGAACUAUUACGACAGAUUUGUUACCAGCUGCUGCUUUCAGAAGGAGAAGCCAUGGAUGAGUCAGUUGGCUGCCGUCGCGUGUCUCUCUGUAGCUGCGAAAGUGGAGGAGACUCAAGUGCCGCUUUUGUUAGAUUUGCAAGUUGAGGAAUCUAAGUAUCUGUUCGAGGCGAAGACGAUUCAGAGAAUGGAGCUUCUCCUACUCUCCACGCUCCAAUGGAGGAUGAAUCCGGUGACGCCCAUGUCCUUCUUCGACCACAUUGCGAGGCGAUUUGAGUUUGUGAGGAAUCUACAUUGGGAAUUUUUAAGGAGAUGCGAGGGUGUCAUUCUCUCAGCUAUAGCUGAUUCUAGGUUGGUACAUUAUCUGCCUUCUGUUAUUGCUGCUGCAACAAUGAUUUAUGCAAUUAGAGAGAUAGGAGAUGAAGAUGUUGUGGAAUAUGAAGAUCAGCUUAUGCUUGUGCUGAAAGCUAGCAAGGAAGAGAUUGAUGAUUGCCUCACACUCAUCUUGGAGGCAACGGGUGGUUUGAGCCGUAAAUCUUGCUGCAAGCGCAAAUUUGAUUCAAUCCCAAGCAGCCCGAGUGGUGUCAUUGAUGCCUACUUCAGCUCUGAUAGCUCCGUUGAUUCGUGGGCCGUUGCAUUGUCAGCAUCAUCCUCACCGGAGCCUUUGUUCAAGAGAAGCAGAGCUCUGGCCCCUCUAAGCAGCAUGUCCGUCGGCCCUGGCUAGUCCUACUAAUUGAACUCUUAUCUCCAUGAUAUUGGCAGUGGUACUUAAUAAUCACUCCCUCUAUGUUUUUUCUACUCAUAAUUUAGCGAAAUCAUGCAACAUUACUUGCUUGUGCUCAUUGUAUCUCUGACCUAUUCAUGUGAUGAUGGAUUAGACAUCCAAACAAUUGACUCCACCACCUCUUUGGUUGUGGAUGGAGAGUGAGAUUGAAGAGAGAGAGGUUUUUGAA